AUGAAUGAGGAGGCACUGUUGGCACGUGCUUCCGAGGAGCGGGAGCGUAUCUUUCAGAGAUAUGAGCGGGGUCGAGAAAAUCUUGUCGGCCAAAUAGACCCUUGGGAAGAUCCAGAAUUUGAAGAGUAUCACAAAACUGACAGAUAUGGUUUCAUCCACGAUGAGCGCUUACCGCAGAAAACGGCAUCGCAAAGAGUCACCACCGAGGUGGAAAGGGAAAAAAAGUGGGUCAAAAUGCUUGCAAAUUGGGACUCUCCAACAACCAAGGAAAAAUUGCAUAGGCGAAUAUACAAAGGCAUUCCAUUAUCUCUACGCAUGAAAGUAUGGUGUAAGCUGUUGGAUAUUAAUAGAAUUAAAUCUGAAAAAGUUGGUAAAUACCAAGAGAUGCUUAAAUUAGCCAAACAAUGGUCAACUGAUGUAAGACAAAUUGAUUCAGAUGUUAAUAGACAAUUUCGUGAGCAUCAGUUUUAUAGGGAGAGGUAUUCUGAGAAGCAGUGUUCGUUGUUUAAUGUACUAUGUGCAUAUAGUAUGUAUAAUUCGGAAGUUGGUUAUUGCCAAGGCAUGUCUGGUUUGGCAGGAGUUUUGUUAAUGUAUAUGGAUGAAGAGGAUGCCUUUUGGGCACUUGCAGUACUCUUGUCUGAUAAGAGGUACGCCAUGCACGGACUGUAUAUUGAAGGCUUUCCAAAGCUAACGAGAUUCCUAGAACAUCAUGAUAAGAUCCUCACAAAGUUUAUGCCGAAACUGAAACAUCAUUUUGACAAGUUUGGUUUAGAUGCAAUAUUAUAUUCUCUUAAAUGGUUUUUCGUAUGUUUUGUGGAACGAGUGCCCUUUAGCCUGUGUUUGAGAGUAUGGGAUAUUUAUUUACUUGAUGGUGAAAGAGUGAUAACAGCAAUGGCAUAUACAAUAUUAAAAUUACACAAAAAGGCGAUAAUGAAGCUUAAUGACAUGGAUUUGAUUGUAAAUUAUAUUCAAGUAAAGUUGCAUAAAGAUUUCGGCUACGAAGAUGAUAUUGUGAUUAACCACUUGGAGCGUUCUAUGGAAGAGUUAAAACGAGCCAAACUUGAUUACCCUGGGCAGCCGCCUGCCAAUGAGUUACCAAAGCGACAACUUGGCAUGUUUGUGGAGCCGGAUAAGAAGUCAAAAAUUGGUCAGCGUGCGGAAAACUUUUCCGAUACGGAGAAGCAGGCCAGAGCAACGGUAAUUUUAAGACGUGAAAAAGCAGCACUGGAGUUGCAAGAGCUACGCGUUUCACAGAGUGAUACAGUUUCAGACAACACUCUUGCUUGCGGUGCUCCUCUCCGUACUUCCCAAGCUUCCAUGGACAUCCACUUGGAGUCUCCCACCCUGAGUCCUAAUUGCAAGAUCGAUCUCAAAUCGAGAAGUUAUCUUGUCAGACAGCACAGCGGCGUUGCGAGCGGCGCUCGUUGCGAGGAUUCUGUUUCGGCGCUCGGCUCGAGGCGCUCCCUGGCUGACACGAGCGUGACGAGCACGGCUGACCUCAGCGUGUUCUCCAGCGGGCGCUCGCACGCACCCGACAACUCGCUCGACACGCAUAGCAACGUCAGCGACGACGGCACUGGGUCAGAUGGGUCCGGUGUAUGCGGGAUGAGUAUCCAGAGGGCGCCAUCAACCGCACAUUCCACUCCACGAGCGACGCCGCACCCACAUUCAGUAUCUCCUAUAUCCGAUGACGUGGUACGAAUUCAUGUGACGUACAACCCUCUGUCAGCCAGCCCUUCCCAUUUGCACCCCAUUAGCCCUUCAAAGUUCAAGACCUAUACCGAGGAACACCACAAACCGGUAUCCUUGGGUUUUUAUACGACUAACGGCAGCAAUCGUCCGUCAGAUAACAGAAUCAGGAUACAGGUGCCGUCAGAGGAACUGUUGACCCCAGUCGUGGAUUCUGGGCGGAUAAUCUCACAACGUUACAUUGAAUCUCAUUCGGAUCUGUAUGAUCUUAAAUAA